AGCGCCAGAGUAUUAUGGGCUGUCGUGCGCUGGCUGCUGCUUUUCUGCUCCUGGAAGCGGCCGAGGGGGGAAGCGGCGAGUCAACAUGGAGCUUUCCGCGGUGGGGGAGCGGGUGUUCGCGGCCGAAGCCCUCCUGAAGCGGCGCAUCCGGAAAGGACGCAUGGAAUACCUCGUGAAAUGGAAGGGCUGGUCGCAGAAAUACAGCACCUGGGAGCCAGAGGAGAAUAUUCUGGAUGCUCGCCUGCUAGCAGCCUUUGAGGAAAGGGAGCGAGAGAUGGAGCUCUAUGGACCCAAGAAGCGGGGACCCAAACCCAAAACCUUCCUCCUUAAGGCCCAGGCUAAGGCCAAGGCCAAGGCAUACGAGUUCCGAAGUGACUCGGCCCGGGGCAUCCGGAUCCCGUACCCUGGCCGCUCUCCCCAGGACCUGGCCUCCACCUCCCGGGCCCGGGAGGGCCUCCGGAACAUGGGCCUGACCCCCCCGGGCAGUAGCAGCACCGCCAGCACCUGCCGAGUGGACCCUCCUCGGGACCGCGACCGGGACCGCGAGCGGGAGAGAGAACGGGAGCGGGAGCAGGAGCGAGUGGCCAGCCGUGCAGACGACAAACCCAGCUCUCCGGGGGACAGCUCCAAGAAGCGAGGCCCCAAGUCCCGGAAGGAGCUCCUGGACCCUUCGCAGAGGCCUCUGGGAGAGCCGGGGGACAGCCUGGGCACCCACCUCAAGGGCAGGAAGCUGGACGAUGCUCUGUCUUCUGGAGCAGGGACCUUCCCGGCCGGCCACAGCGUGAUCCAGCUGGCUCGGAGGCAGGACGCGGACACGGGCCCGUGUGGGGUGGCCAGCCCUGCCGCCCCCGAGGCCGCAGGCAAGCUCGUGGUGGACACCUUUCCUGCCAGGGUCAUAAAGCACAGGCCGGCCUUCCUGGAGGCCAAGGGCCAGGGUGUCCUGGACCCCGCUGGGCCCCGGGUCCGGCACGGCGCCGUGACCCCUGGCGCAGUAGGGGGCCUAUAUCGGGACAUGGCUGCCCAAGGGGGCAGGCCCUCCCUCAUCGCAAGGAUCCCCGUGGCCAGAAUCCUGGGGGACCCCGAGGAGGAGGCCUGGAGCCCCUCCCUGACCAACCUGGAGAAGGUGGUGGUCACGGACGUGACCUCAAACUUUCUGACCGUCACCAUCAAGGAGAGUAACACGGACCAAGGCUUCUUCAAAGAGAAGAGAUGAGUCUGGGCGGGAAGUGGAGAGCCAGCGUCCGUCGCGGGGGCCAGCGCCGCCUGGACUUGUGUCCAGCUUGGGGUUCAGCCGCUGCCUGGCCCUGAACUUCACAUCCCCCCCCCUCCUUUAUUCGUCUUCCCUCCCCGCCCAGUUUUGGUUGGAAAGAUUAUCUCUAGAGUUAUAUUUUCUAUUAGAUGUAAAUAUGUUAUUUAAGAAAAAUAUCUAAAUAUAUAUAUUUCAACUCUUGAAGUUGUUUUAUUUAAACGAGCAGAGAGUUAGUGGAGUUUAGAGAGGGGGUGAGGCAGGCUGAGUCAGGCUUGAGGGUGCCCCAGGCACCCAGGGUUGCCAGGAAGGGUGGGGAC